AUGAGGUGUAAGAAACAUCUUGCCGACCUGAGUAGCAGCGUCGGCGUUUGCUCCACUUGUGUCCGGGAGCGUCUUCUGGAGCUCAUCGCCGCCCAGGCCCAGGCACAGGCAGAAGCUCAAAAGGCUCUAUUGGCCCGUGCCGUCGCUGAUGAUUGCCGGAUGUCCGACCCGCCGCCGCUGAUUUUCCCUCGGUCCGUUUCUCCUUACGUCAGUCGGAGGAAAUCCGACGAUAAUAGUGCCACGUGGAUACAACAUCAACGGUCAAGAUCCGAGAAGUUCAAUUCGGAUCCCCAUAGGGACUCGUGCGACGAGCCGCCCUCGGCAUCGGCAUCGCCGUCUUGGUUCGCAACAAUCUUCGCCGUUCGUUGGAAAAAGCAGCAAUCAUCGAAGGCGUCCCGCGUGGCAGAAUUUGACCAAUUCGGCCCCGGAGAUCGUAGAUCAAGCAGAGUCCUAGAUCGCGGAAUGUCCCCGGCCAUCGAAGUGGAUUCGGGAGACGAGUGCGAUCGACCGCCAUCGGGAGGAUCGCCGGAGGUAUCUCCGCGAUGGAAACGGACGCCGACGACUGCAAGGAGAUCGAGGUCAGGGACGAGGAACGUGUCGGGAUUAGCGUUUUGCAUGAGUCCACUCGUAUGGGCGAGUCCUAACAGGCACUGGAACCAGAAGGGCGGAUUGCCACCGGACAUGUCGUUCCCCGGAGAAUCUCGACCGUCGACGUGGAAGCCACACCUAGCGACCGCCGCAGGGUUCCGCGCGAACAGGUCCAGGAAGCUCGCUGAUUUUGGCAGAGCCAAUCAUAACCGUUGA